AUGACAUUGGAAGAUUUCGAAAAAUCGCUUGCAGAAGCGCAGGAUAAGCGGCAUUCAAGAAGUGAGAAAGAUCGAUCUCACCGAGAAAGUCAUCGUGAUCGCGACCGCAGCAAAGAUCGCUCUAGCCGGCAUCAUCGUUCCAGCCAUCAUCACCAUCACAGACGGCAUUCGUCCCGCUCUCGAGAACGAGGGAGCACACGCGAUCCCGAAUCCCGCCGCCAUGACGAAGACAGUCAUCGACACAAGCGCUCGAGACACUCACAUGACAGAAGGGAUGACCAGGACCGCUUGCGCAAACGCCAGCAUCGAAACGACAAAGAUGACGAUCAGCCAGCUCCAAAGACUCUCGACCCAGAAGAUCCCAGUACAUUGAAGCGAGACUCUUGGAUGGAAGCACCAUCUGCCCUUGACAUUCAAUAUGUGCAUCGUCCUAAUCCAGAACGAGUGGAGGAAGCUGCGAAGCCCAAGAUGCUCCAGGCUGAUUUCGAACUCAAAAUCCACGAUAAAGAGCUCAACAAUCACUUGCGCGACCUCAAGGAUGGAAAGGUGCUAAAUGACUUGGAAGAAGAGCCUGCUAUACAUGAGGUGGACUACACGUUUGGGGACUCCGGGUCUCAGUGGAGGAUGACCAAGUUAAAGGGCGUUUAUCGAGAAGCUCAGGAAAGUGGCAGACCUGUCGAUGAGGUUGCCACAGAGCGAUUCGGCGACCUUCGCUCUUUCGAUGAUGCAAGAGAAGAGGAAAUUGAAAUCGAUCGUCGCAAGACAUACGGCGAGUCAUACGUCGGCAAAGACAAGCCCAGUGGGGAGCUGUUUCAAGAGAGAAAGCUGCAAGAAGGGCUACAUCGACAAUCGCAUGAGCAUAUCCGAGAUCCAGCCGAGGAACUCAGCGCCGAAGGUCAAGGCAAACCCAUGGAUACUGUGCAACCACUGAAUACGACAAAACCCCUCGACCAGACGGCGCUGAAUCGCCUCAAAGCCCAGAUGAUGAAAGCGAAGCUGAGAGGUGCAGCAAAUGCGGCGGAACUUGAGGAACAGUACAAUACUGCCGCAGCUGCAGUCAUGUCUAAUCGCAGCGAGGCAGACGUAGUCGUGCUUGGUGUUCAGCAAAAUCGCAUGUUGGCCGGCUCAAAGAAUGAGGUCAAAGCGGUGGACACGAAACGCGGCCGCGAGCGGGGUCUCGUGGAGGACAACGAAGACAUGAGCAUUGAGGACAUGGUUCGAGAGGAGCGGAAGACUCGCGGCCAAUUCGGGGGUGAAGGAGCACGGCUGGCGGAGCGUAUUGCAAAAGAUGGCAAAUUCGAGGUGAGCCACAUGCCGAUCGUAAUCGUCUCUCGGUCUCUAUGCAGGAUGAAAGAACUAACGGAGUCACAGAAUGACUUGGAGUACAUAGAUGAGCAAGCUUCUAAAUUAGCUAAACGAGUACAUCGGUCGGAGAUUGACAUCAAGAGCGCCACUAUCAAUGAUUUCCGCAAGAUGAAUCGCAUUCUCGACAAUUGCCAACUUUGCCAUAAUGAAGAUACGAAUACUCCACCUGUCGCUCCGGUGGUGUCGCUCGCUACAAGAGUGUACCUCACGCUACCGACUGAGCCUGAAAUCAGCGAGGGUGGCGCAACGAUCGUCCCAAUCCAGCAUCGGACUAAUCUCCUGGAAUGCGACGACGAUGAGUGGGAGGAAAUUCGAAAUUUCAUGAAGAGCUUAACGCGCAUGUACCACGACCAGGGCCGAGAUGUCAUAUUUUACGAAAACGCGGCCCAGCCACAGCGGAAACGCCAUGCCUCUAUGGAAGUGGUUCCUCUACCCUACAGUCUCGGUGAGACCUCGCCAGCGUUCUUCAAAGAGGCCAUUCUGAGUGCAGAGUCAGAAUGGUCGCAGCAUCGGAAGCUCAUCGACACUUUGGCCAAGUCCAAGCAAGGUCUCGGCAGAAAUGCAUUCCGCCGAACGUUAGUCAAGGAGAUGCCCUACUUCCAUGUAUGGUUUGAACUUGACGGGGGACUAGGCCACAUUGUUGAAGAUGACAAUCGAUGGCCUCGGGGUGAUCUGUUUGCCCGCGAAGUUAUCGGUGGCAUGCUCGAUGUCGCACCCGACGUAAUCAAGCGCCAGGGCCGAUGGAAUCGUGGUGGCGACCCACGAGUUGAAGGGUUCAGGAAGCGCUGGAGAAAGUUUGACUGGACUCGUGUUCUCGUCGAGGGUUAG